GUUAAUAGCAGUUUGUUCAUGUAUGAUUUUUAUUGCAAUUUUGGCCUAGUAUAGGAAAAAUGGAAUAUACAACUACAAGGAGCAAAUGGAUACACUAAAGAAACAACACUAUCAUUCAGUGAUGGCAACAGAAGAAGAGCUCUGGUCUGGAUUGAAUCCCAAACUAUCUGUAAAAUCCAAACUCAACCAAUCACCUUCAAUCAAAUUGCCAGGUUGGACUGCUUCGUACUAUUAAAACUUAGAUGAUAAUAUUUCCAAAGAGGUGGCCUCCUCUCACUCUCUUCCUCCAAAAACAAUGCCGCUAACAGCAGCAGCCCUGCAGUCUUCUCUAUGCUUCUCUCCUAAUAAUCCAUCAUCAUCAUCAUCUUCUUCAUCUUCAUCUUCCAUUCCCUUUAAUUUGCAGACCUCAAAUACCACCACCCAACUAGCAGCAAAACCUCAAAGCCUUCUCCAAAAGCACCCACUCUACACCCCCACCCACACCAAACUCUCCCUCCAGUUCAAAGAGAAAAUUCUCUGCCUUGAAAUCAUGGGAGUUGAUGCAGGCAAAGCACUCUCUCAAAACCCUAAUCUUCACUCAGCAACUCUUGAUUCAAUCCAAGCUAUAAUCACCUUCCUUCAAUCCAAAGGCAUUCAAGAAAAGGACUUGGCCAAGAUCUUUGGAAUGUGCCCACAUAUCCUCACCUCCAACAUCAAAACUGAGCUCACCCCAGUUUUCAGCUUCCUCUCAGAUUACCUCAAAGUCCCAGAAUACAACUUCAGAAAGGUCAUCAACAAGUGCCCAAGAUUACUUGCUUCAAGUGUGAGUGACCAGCUCAAACCAGCUUUGUUUUAUCUUCAGAGACUUGGGUUCAAGGACUUGCAUGCCUUAGCUUACCAUGACUCUGUGCUCUUGGUUUCAAGUGUGGAGAAGACCCUGAUUCCCAAGUUAAAUUUUUUGGUCGAUUUAGGAAUUCCAAGAGAUGAGGCUGUGGGAUUGGUACUGAGGUGUCCAGCAUUGCUUACUUUCAGCAUUGAGAACAACUACAAGCCAAAGUAUGAGUACUUCUCUGUGGAUAUGGGGUUGAAAUUGGAGGACUUGAAGGAGUUCCCUCAAUACUUUGCCUUCAGUUUGGAGAAAAGGAUAAAGCCAAGGCAUAUGGAGGCUGUGCAAAGUGGAGUCCAUGUGCCUUUGCCACUUAUGCUCAAGAGCACCGAUGAGGAGUUCAGGGAGUUGCUGAAGCAAUUUGGGGGUGGAUGAACACUGCUAGUUUGUAGUCUUGUGAAAUUUCUCUUGUUGUAUUUACAAGGUCAUCGUAGACCACACAAUAUUGCUUGCAUUUGUAAAAAACUUGCAAGCAGCUUGGAUAAUUUUAGAAGCUGUAUGUAAUCAUCUUUGCCAAGCAAGGUCACAAAUUCCAAGUGCCUGGUUCACUAGCAGUUGAGCCAAUAUAUAUUAGGCUGCGAUCAACCUUGAGAAAUCAAUAUGCU